AAUAAGGUAAAAAAUUAUAAAAAUGUCUUCUCCUGCAAGCAAUCCCCCGAUUGUUGACACUGAAUAAAGAAGGAAAAGCCCCAAGAAAUCCCUGCGAAACCAUUCUCUCAGACUAAACACUCUCUCUCACAGAUAGAAUGGGAGACAGUCAGUACUCAUUCUCUCUUACUACCUUCAGUCCUUCAGGGAAGCUAGUGCAGAUCGAACACGCCUUGACAGCGGUCGGAUCCGGCCAAACCUCUCUUGGGAUUAAAGCUGCUAAUGGUGUUGUUAUUGCAACUGAGAAGAAACUUCCUUCUAUCUUGGUUGACGAAUCAUCUGUUCAAAAGAUACAAACUCUCACACCAAAUAUUGGAGUGGUUUACAGUGGUAUGGGUCCAGAUUUUCGAGUUUUGGUUCGAAAAAGUUGGAAGCAGGCUGAACAAUAUCAUAGAUUGUACAAGGAACCAAUUCCUGUCACUCAACUUGUAAGGGAAAUUGCAGCUGUUAUGCAGGAGUUCACUCAGUCUGGUGGCGUAAGGCCCUUUGGAGUAUCUUUACUGGUUGCUGGGUUUGAUGACAAUGGACCACAAUUAUAUCAGGUGGACCCAUCAGGUUCAUAUUUCUCAUGGAAAGCCUCAGCAAUGGGAAAGAAUGUCUCAAAUGCAAAAACAUUCCUAGAGAAGAGGUAUACUGAUGAUAUGGAGCUUGAUGAUGCUGUGCAUACAUCUAUCCUGACGCUGAAGGAGGGAUUUGAAGGACAAAUUUCGGGCAAAAACAUUGAGAUUGGAAUAAUUGGUGCUGACAAACAGUUCAGAGUACUAACCCCAGCUGAGAUAGAGGAUUAUCUAGCUGAAGUGGAGUAGCUAACUGCAUGCCAUUGCCAGACAACUACGAAAGUGAUUAUUAAUCCAAUUUGUGUUGCAUUCCUUUGUAUUUAAACAGGAGCGAUCAAUUUGAUUGAUGUAGAUUAAUUUUCUGAACCGAUUGGAGCAAAUGGCUAGCCUGUUUGAAUUGGAGCAGCAAGGUGCUGGGCCCUUAUAUUGUCGUCCCUAUUUUUCAGACUGGCAAAUACCUUGUCACCUUAAGCUCUCCCAAAGAAGAUCGUUGAAUGUUUACUAUUAUUAGCAGCCCCAAGACCAGAGAGGAAAUGAGAAAAGUUGUUUUUCUAGAA